AUGGCAUCUCGCGAGCCUCCCUGGCGGAAUGAGCGCAAUCGCCUGCCCCAGCGGUCUGCGCCAAACUCAACAAUUCCCGCAAAGCGAUCCGCCGACACGCGCGCACACGACCACCCUGCGAAACGGUCGACGAACGCGGCAGAAGAGGCAUGGGUCGCAGAUGAGGAUCGCUUCGCACUGCAGCAGGCAAAGAAGAAGGCUGCACUACGCGUGAAAGGUGGCCGCGCCAAGCCCAUCGACUGGCUCGCCGUCACGCUGCGCUUCAUUGACCCUACGGAGAAGAACAUGUUGGAUGAAGAGGUAGAGGACCAUGAGCUGGAUGUUGUAGAUCCGGAAGGCGUCCUAGAAGGGUUGGAUAAUGCAGCUCUGUCAGAGCUCGAGAAGGAAAUCGAGAGUUACCUCACCUUGGAGACGAACCGCAGCAAUAGGGAUUAUUGGACUUCCCUCAAAGCCAUUUGUAAAGAUGUCCGCCGCAAGUCCAAGUCCUCCGCUGCUGAGGCCCGUGGCACCAGCUCAGUUUCCGCAGACAUCGAUCAACUACUAGCCCCCAAAUCGUACGAACAACUUGAGACACUUGAGGUGCAGGUCAAGAAGAAGCUUGACUCGGAUGAACCGAUCGACUAUGAUUACUGGGAACAACUGCUACGGAGUCUGCGCGUCUGGAAGGCCAAGGCGAAGCUACGGCGGGUGUCACAGGAGAUUGUCAAGGAGCGACUUCAAGCACUGCGUAGGCAGCAAGCAGAGGCGGCUGCAUCAGUGCAAGGGAAGCUUUACGAAAUACUCAAACCCGCCGAUGAUUCGAGCGACGUGCCACCAACUACUGUUGCCUACGACGCAGUUCUCGAUCCUGAGCCGCUACUAAAGCUUCGUGCCGAAGACAAAUCGCUUCCCCAAAUUGAAGAGAACACCUUUUUGGACAAUGUGGCCAAUGAGCGGCGCAAAAUCCAGAAGCUUGGCUACGUUCCGACCCAGAACAAAUCGGAAGAUCGAUCGGCAGCCGACAAUAAGCCGAAGACAAGUCAGGCUGUCACGACAAGUGCGUCAAGAUUUGCACCCGUUGAGAAGGAAGAUUACUCUAAAGCGACAAUGGCUCUAUAUGAGCGGGAGGUUGCGCGGGGUGUUGAAGAAGGCGAGGAGAUCUUUACUGCCGAAGAGCAAGUGACAACCGCGAGCCCACAAUGGGCUGGGAGCUACAAACCCAGGAAACCUCGCUAUUUCAAUCGUGUUCAGAUGGGCUACGAGUGGAAUAAGUACAACCAGACACACUAUGACCACGAGAAUCCACCACCCAAGGUCGUUCAGGGCUACAAGUUCAAUAUCUUCUACCCUGACCUCAUCGAUAAGGCCAAGGCGCCAACAUAUAAGAUCGAGCGCGAAAAUGGUCGCAAGCGUGGUCAAUCCUUUGCGCCAGCCGGUGAGGAUGACACGUGCCUUAUCCGGUUCAUCGCUGGCCCACCGUACGAAGACAUUGCUUUUAGAAUAAUCGACAAAGAGUGGGACUAUAGCGCUAAGAGAGAACGUGGCUUCAAAAGUAGCUUCGACAAGGGCAUCUUACAACUCCAUUUUCAGUUCAAGAAGAUAUACUAUCGAAAGUAG